GCGGCCGCGCCGCGGGUCGCCGCCCGCCACCCGGCAGGUUGUAAAGUCAUUAACUCCCUCAGCCAUGCCGGGCCGCGCUCCGGCGGCGGCUGCUCCUGCUCCGGCCGCUGGUGGGCCGCCUCGCCGCCUCCUCCGCGGCGGCUGCAACAGCAGCAGCAGCGCGGCAUGGCCGCCGCUCCCCGCCGCCUCCGCCUCCUCCUCCUCCUCCUCCUCAGUGCCGCCGCCGCCGCCCCCCUCGGCGCUAAGUAGUGAGGCAGCAGAUGGAGCUGGCCCCUGGGAUGAAGAAGUCACCAAGUGGUGGGGAGAGUGGAGCUCCUGGUCUACCUGCUCCCGGUCCUGUGGAGGAGGCGUGAUGUCCCGGGAGAGACACUGCUUAAGACAGAGGCUCCAGAUGCCCCAGGGAACAAACAGCACCAUGUGUGUUGGUCAAGCCAAGUACUACGAACUGUGCCAGCAGCAGCCCUGCCCAGCCAACACAGCAAGCUUCAAACAGCAGCAGUGCUCCAGUUUCAAUGCCAAAGCCUUUGGGAAGCGCUACUAUCACUGGAUGCCGCUCUAUCCAGAUGACUACACCAGUAUCUCCAACAAGCCGUGUGACCUCCAAUGCACCACCCGGAGCGGAGAGAGGCAGCUGAUGGCCCGAGCACAGGAUGGUACCUCCUGCAAGGACAGGACCUAUCAAGGGGUCUGCAUCAAUGGGAAGUGUGAGCCAGUUGGGUGCGAUGGGAGCCUGUACUCACCCCGGACGAUGGACAGAUGCAGGGUGUGUGGAGGGGACGGCAGCACUUGCCACCGUGUCUCGGGCAGCUUCCGAAAGGCAAUCUCACAGAUAGGUUACGUGUUCAUCACCAACAUUCCUGCCGGUGCCACGGACAUCCUCAUCAUCGAGCGCAGGAAAACAGAAAACAUCCUAGCACUCGCGGAUGAAUCCGGGCAUUUCUUCUUCAACGGCAACUCCAUCAUUGAUAACCCCCAGAACUUCAGGGUAGCUGGCACGAUCUUCAAGUACCGGCGGCCCUCGAGCCUGAGCUCAGAUGGGCUGGAGUAUAUCAUAGCUCAUGGGCCCACUAACCAGUCUCUGAACGCCAUGUACUAUAACUUCAAUGGGAAAAUGCCACACAUAACUUAUGACUACACCGUACCACGGACACCACCUCUCCAGACUGCAGCCCCUGCAGUAGACAGACCUCUCUAUCAACACCUCCCAGAGCCCAGCCAGAACCAUCCCAUUCCAGCCAACUCCAGAGCUGCCCAGGACUUCAAUGCCACGUGGCUCUCCUUAUCACCAGAUGACACCAGUGAACAGCUUCCUCUAAGAGAAGGGCAUGAAGAUUUAGGCUUUGGUCAUCCGCACUUCUUCCAGACCAACUCCACCACACAGACUCAGGACUGGGGCUGGGAACAAGGUGAAGAGAAGGAGAAGUAUGACUUCCAGAUAAGACAGGUCUACCAUGCAAACACAGCAGGAGAGGAAGAGGAGGAGAAAGCAGCAGCAAUUGGUGGAGAAACAGAGUUGGCUCUCAGGUUCAACCAAAUUUCCAUCAGCACGGCUGUACCCUACAGCAUGAGGCGAUCGGAGCUCUCGGAGAACAGCCGCAUGGCAUCCUCCAGGCUUCGUCUCUUCAGGCGACUGUGUCACCGAGACCCGCACAACACUGCCUUCUGUAGGGAGCUGCAGCACCUGGCAGCAAGGCUGGCCCCGAGGAACUCCACAGCAGGACUAUGGACCGAGACGGCUGCCCGGUGGCUGCAGGGCCUCCACAAAGCGCCGGCCCGUAAGAACUCACUGGAGGACUUGAAGGUGGAGGCAUUUGCUGGGAGUCAUGGGGAAGCAGCCAACUACAGCAUGAUGGCAUCUGUGGAGAGCACUCUGCUAGGUGCCAGCACAACUGCGGACAUCAGCCAGGCAGAGCCUCUGCAAGCCCCUGGCACUGAAAGCAAUGAGUUUGAUGUGAGCCCCCUGGGCCAUGAUGACAUCAGCUUGGCUGACAUGUAUCGGUGGAAAGUCUCAGCGUAUGCCCCCUGCAGCUCCACGUGCACUUCAGCAGGUAUCAGCACCUCCUAUGCGAUGUGUGUCCGGUAUGACGGAGUGGAAGUGGAUGAAACGUACUGCGAUGCCCUAACCCGACCAGAACCUACUCACGAAUUUUGCGCGGGGAGAGAUUGCCAGCCUAGGUGGGAGACCAGCCGGUGGAGUGAAUGCUCCAGAACCUGUGGUGAGGGCUAUCAGUACCGCACCGUGCGCUGCUGGAAGAUGUUGGCUCCAGGCUUUGACAGCUCCGUUUAUGAUGACCUCUGUGAGUCAGCUGGGCUGGCCAGGCCCAUGGAGAGGAAAGCCUGCAAGAACAAGGCCUGUGGGCCCCAGUGGGAGCUCUCCGAGUGGUCCGAGUGUUCGGCCCGAUGUGGCACGCAGGGGACGAUGAAGCGGGAGGUGCGCUGCUCGGUGGAAGCACCCCUCUGCGACGAGUUGCGGAAGCCCAGCAGCGAGAAGGUGUGCACAGGACCGCCCUGUGACCGCCGCUGGACUGCUUCGGAUUGGGGCCCGUGCUCAGGUUCGUGUGGUGAGGGACGCAUGAGCCGCUUCAUCGCCUGUCGCAACCUGGAGGGGAAGGUGAUCUCUGACUCGCAGUGUGACCCAGCCACCAAGCCCCUGGCUGUCCAUCCAUGUGGAGACAAGAACUGCCCUGCACACUGGGUGGAGCAGGAGUGGGACCAGCUGUUGACUGCAUUCAGCUGAGUCUCCCUCCAGCACUGGUAACAAGCACAAACUGGUUAAACCUACAGCAGUCCUGUAACCCUGUCCCACUCUGGCCUGGGGUGUGGGUCACAAACAAUGCUGCAGUGCAGUUUUUCAGCUGCGUCCAGGCUAUUAAACUCACCUGACCUUGGAAAAACCAGCUGAGCUCCCCAUCUUCACGUGUGCCAGCUUCUUUGCCGUGUUCUCUCGGCCGAUCAGCUCUGACUUUGUGGGAUGACUAAGGGCUGAUGCAAAGCCAGCUGUGCUGGCCCUGCCGUGGUGAAGGUGGGCACAAAACAGUGAAAUCUCAAACUGGCAACUGCCUCCAUGGGCAUCAGGGAGCAGAGCUGAGCUAGAGUCGGAAAUCGAGCUCCCAGCUAAGCCUGUGUAGCUUUGGGUUCAGCAGUACUUGUCCAUGCAAAGCACCUGCAGUGCACCAGUUUGGUCCCCUUGGGCCCACACGAAGCUUGUCAGUACUCAGAGAUGUAGGUUGCUAUGUGAAUACACUAUGUGGUUUUUGAGAACAGAUACACAUAAAAUAAGACAGAAACAGCCUCUUGUAGUCUUACCUUGGCUGCUCCAGGUCCCUUGUAGUAGCUGCUCUUGAGGCCAGCCAAGGUGAAUUUGCCAUCCCCAGUGCUGGCUAAACACUAAUUCCCAGCUCCUGUCCUCGCUCCCUAAGAAAUUCAGCUCCUUUGCAGACACCCGUUGCUGCUGUGACCUGGGCAGCACUGCCUCCGUUAGACUGGUGUCAGCACAUGCAUCAAGCACCUUCUGAGCUGGAUGCCAUCUAACCUGCAACCUGAAGUUCUACAGCUGACGAACAUCAUUUGUUACCUGGCUGUUACGUUCU